AUGUCCGAAACAUUUAAGAGAAAGAAUAGUGGAGCUCAAAAUCGCAAGAAUAAAAAAAAAAUUAAAAUUGAAAACGAGAAGUUGGCAAACACUUUUGAAAAGUGGGUUUCAACAUCUACAACAGUGUCUACUUGUUCAUCAUUAAAAAAAUCUGAUGUUUCUGUGAAAAUCCAUAAUGAUCUUAACAAUGCACCACCAAUUAACGAGUCUCCGGACAUUCCUCUAAAAAAAAAUAACAACUUAAAUAAUCCAGAACCGUUGAAUGAUACGACCAUGAAAAUUGAUACUAAACCAAACGAAUCAAAAUUAUCGAAAUUAACUGCGAUAUCUGAUAAAGAUAAAUCAAAUAUCACAGAGUCAUCGAACAAUAUGAUGGAGAUAUCGAGUAUAACGCCAAUUUUAGAAAUUUCUGAUAGCAACGAAAAUGUUGAAUCAAGUCAUUCGAAGAUAAUUUCUGUUACUCAACAACACAGUAUCGAUUACAACAAUCCUCCAUCAUGGGUACAUAUGACAGAUGGCUUGAGAAUAACUUUGAUUUUGCAUGGCCCGGAUCAGGGUAAAAAUAUCGAUUUUAGAAGUAUUCAAACAAAAGAUGGACGUCGAUUUCUUCCUCAUUGGUUCAAGAAACAGUUACCCAACAGUGAAACCAUAGACCGUAAUUGGUUAAUUUACUCCAAGAAUAAAAAUGCUUUGUUCUGUUUUCCUUGUUGCUUGUUUGAAUAUCGACAAAGUCAGAUACCUUUGAUUGCUAAUCGUCAAGAAGGGUUUUCUGAUUGGAAAAAUAUAAAUAGAAUUGAAGAUCACGAAACUUCACCAGAUCAUCGAAAAUACUUUUUUCAAUGGAAGACCUUAGAAGCUAGAUUGAAAAACUCACAAAGUAUUGAUAAAUCAUUGCAAAACGCAAUUUUCUUAGAAAAAGAGCGGUGGCGUCACAUCCUUCGAGCGAUUUUAAAUUCGAUUUUAUUUUGUGCUAAAAACAAUUUAGCAUUACGAGGCUCAACGUCAGAAAUUGGAGUACAGGGAAGUGGCGUAUUUUUGGAUAUCAUUGAAUUACUCAGUAAGUACGACAAAACACUAGAAGAGCUUAUUUCAAAUCAUACAAAAAGGUCAGUAAACUAUCUAUCACCAACAAUUCAAAAUGAAUUUGUGAAUUUAUUAGGAAAGAAAGUUCGUAAUGAAAUUUUAUCGAGGAUUCGGAAAUCUAAAUACUAUAGUCUCCUGUUUGAUUGCACUCCUGACGUCUCUCAUAAUGAACAAAUGUCGGAAAUUAUUCGAUAUGUCUAUAUAGCUAAUGGAAAAGUGAAGAUAGAAGAAAGUUUUAUUGACUUCAUUAUUACUGAUGAAAAGACCGGAGAAGGAUUGGCAUCUGAUAUAAUGAAGAAAUUACAAGAUGAUCAGCUCGAUAUUCAAGAUGCAAGAGGUCAAGGCUAUGAUAAUGGUGCCAAUAUGGCAGGAAAAUAUCGUGGAGUCCAAGCACGAAUUCAAGAAAAAAAUAAUCUCGCUCUUUAUAUACCAUGUGCAAGCCACUGUUUGAAUUUGGCAGGAGUACAUUCUGCUUCAAUCAAUGCAGAAAUGAAACAUUUUUUUGAAACCGUAGAAAGCAUUUUUAAGUUUUUUUCUCGCUCUACAAGUCGUUGGACUACUCUGAUGAAAACAUUAAAAGUUUCAUUAAAAGGACACUCGGACACAAGAUGGUCUUCGAAAUCCAAUGCCAUAAAACCAUUGAGUACUCAAAUUAAAGAAGUUUAUGGAGUACUUAAAAAUAUGAUAGCCAAUUCUUUAAAUGCUGAAACUUCUUCCUCUGCUCAAAGUCUACUCAAAAACAUUAAUUUAACAUUUCUUUUCUACCUUGAUGUCUGGAAUCAAAUAUUAGGUCAAAUUGAUCGUGCUACUAAAGCUUUACAAAUUAAAACUUUGACUUUGGAUAAAGCUGCAAGUCUGAUUCAGGCAUUAAAAAAUUCACUACAGGAAUUUCGCUAG